AUAACCUGAUCUCUUCACCUACAGGUUCAUCUCUGAAGAAUGGGAGAUUUACACAAGUACAACACUUCACACAACAACAGCUCUGAUCUCAGCAACAUCAGCUACGCCUACUACAAUGAUAUUGACAACCUUAUUUUCAUCUUAAAUGUGGUGACAUACAUAGUUAUUGUCAUCGGCGUUCCUUUGACCCUGGUGGCCAUCUGUGCUCUUUUUUCUCAGGUGAGAAAUGAUAAUGUCGCUCCCAUCUACGUCAUCAACCUCCUCAUCUCUGACCUCAUCCAGUUCUGCUGCAUGAUUGCUCAGAUGGUGCAACCUGAGGACCGUGUCGUCUUGUUUAUCUAUGGCUAUAGUGUGUUGGCCAGUGUUGGCUUCAUGGUGUGUAUCGCCAUGGAAAGGUAUUUGGUCAUCGUCUUCCCACUGUGGUACCGCUUCAGACGAACCAUCAAGACCUCUGUGCUGGUCUGCGUCGUGGUCUGGGUCCUUCCUCUCAUCUCUUUCCUCCCUCAGUUAAUCUCCAGUUCUGCUCCGGGCUUCAUAAUCGAAUCCAUCUUUUUAUUUCUUCCCCUCCCACUGCUCAUAUUCUUCGUGGGUGGGACCCUCAGAGCUCUGUCUGCCUCCAUCUCGGUCCCCUCUGAUGAAAAACGACGAAUUGCGGGAAUGUUGGUCCUGGUGCUGCUGAUUUACAUCCUGCUGUUCCUGCCCUACAUCAUUUCAAUGGUGGCAGGUGAACUGGUUAAUGUCACUCUUGUCUUCCUGUCUCUUGUGUUAAUCAGGUUGUGUCCUCUUGCAGAUUUAGUUCUGUAUGUUUUCAUGAGGAAAGGGACCACACACAGUCUCCUGGCCUCUGUGAGGUGUUGCAAAAUGGACAGCAAUGAAAUCAGAAGUCCAGCAGUAGCAGUGGUGAUGACGUGUCCAGACUCAGCUUCACGUAGCCAGAGACAGACAGGGACAGAGACAGGGACAGCUUCAUCAGACCCAGCGGCUGCCAGCCACAGUGGUUCUUGUGCCAAACCCAAAGGCUUGCUGCAGCGUAAGGCAGCCAACGUUGGGGCACCCACAGGACGUCACAGGCUCAACUGCUCCCCCCACCACAGUGUGCCAGCCGGUUCCAUUCUGCUGGAAAGUGCGGGAGUUGCAAAGUGA